GGAUAACAAAGUCACGUGACCACUAUCUGAGUCAAACUGCGAUCACGCUGUAUUAAAUAAGGAUUAAACUAUUGAACUAAAACUAACAGAUAACCCAUACCGCUUGUGAUUACAGUAGUGUUGUGUUCUUACUACUCGGAUAGCAAUGAAGAUGUUAAGAGCUGUUCUAUUGGCUUGCCUUUUGGCGAUAUCUCUGGCCUCCAAUACAUUCCUGGACGGUGAAUGGGAGUCAUUCAAAACUGCUUACAACAAAUUAUAUGAGCCGCAGAUUGAGGGAUUCAGACGGGCAAUUUGGGAGAGCAACAUAAAGUAUAUCGAGCGUCACAAUCUAGAGGCGGAUAGAGGACUUCAUACAUAUAGACUUGGUAUGAACGAGUACGGUGACAUGACAAAUACAGAAUUUGUUUCCGUAAUGAACGGGUUCAAACAGAAUUUAACCAAGAGUGUAUGCAGUCAAUAUUCUCCACCAAUGAACGUUGACUUGUCGUCUCUACCAGACACAGUUGAUUGGCGGAACGAAGGUUACGUCACAGAAGUAAAAAAUCAGGGACAAUGCGGAUCAUGUUGGUCAUUCUCAGCCACCGGCUCCCUCGAGGGACAAAACUUCAAGAAGACCGGCAAACUGGUGUCCCUGUCUGAGAAGAAUCUGAUGGACUGUUCCAAACCGGAAGGUAACAAGGGUUGUGAAGGAGGUUUAAUGGAUCAAGCUUUUGCAUACGUCAUCAAAAAUGAUGGGAUUGACACAGAGAAAUCUUACCCAUACAAGCCAAAGAACGGAGAUUGUGAGUUUAAAAGAGAGGACAUUGGCGCAACAGAAACAAGCUGUAAGGACAUUAAAUUGGGAUCAGAAGACGAUUUACAAGCUGCUGUAGCAACAGUAGGGCCAAUCUCUAAAGGCAUUGAUGCUAGCCAUCCAUCUUUCCAAUUAUACAGAUCAGGGGUAUAUAGUGAAAGAAGAUGUUCAUCGAAGAAUCUUGAUCACGGAGUUCUUCCUGUAGGAUAUAGUAAAGAUUUCUUGAGGGAAUACUGGCUCGUAAAGAACAGUUGGGGAACAAGCUUGGGACAGGAAGGUUACAUCAUGAUGGCAAGAAACAAGGACAACCAAUGCGGAAUCGCCACACAAGCAAGCUUUCCUACCAUGUAAUCUGAUUGGACAAUCUAUUUAUCACUGGAUGUAACGUAACACCUGAUUGGAUAAUUGGACUGAUUGAAAUGAAAAUGAAUGAGACUUUUAAUUUUGAUUGGUUAUUAAGUAAUCUUGCAUGAAAAAUAAAUGUCCCAGAUAAACACUGUCUUACAUUUAACUGACGGGA